CAAAAAAAUAAGAAUCAUUUCGGUGGAAAAUGAGUCAUUCAGACAACGAGGAUUCACACCCACCUUUGGCUGUGCCUUUAGACACCAAGGACCUUGAUAGGGAUAUGGCCUUAAACGACAGCAGCAGCGGUUUCGUGGACGACGACGACGAGCAAAUGCCUGAUCUGAUUGAAGCGCCAGCUACAGAUACUAAUGUCAUCAAUGCAACAAAAGUUGCAACAGUAGCCGACGAUGGUGUUCCGAAAAAAAAGAUACCCAUUACUAUCAUCACAGGCUUUUUAGGCUCUGGAAAAUCAACAUUAUUGGAUUAUAUCUUGACAGAGAAGCAUAACUUUAAAGUAGCAGUGAUUCUGAACGAGUUUGGAGACACUGGCGGAAUAGAUCAAGCCAUGAAUGUGGGUAUGGGAGGCGAAGUAGUGGAGGAAUGGUUGGAGUUGAAGAAUGGGUGCCUCUGUUGUACUGUCAAAGACAAUGGAGUAGUAGCGAUUGAAAACUUGAUGAAGAAAAAGGGCAAGUUUGAUUAUAUUUUACUCGAAACCACAGGAUUGGCUGAUCCAGGACCCAUUGCUUCUAUCUUUUGGAUGGAUGACGAUCUUGGAAGUGAUAUCUACCUCGACGGCAUUGUUACUGUGGUAGACUCCAAGAAUGUCCGGAAGGAACUUGAAGUCAAAAAGGAGGAUGGUAGCUUAAACGAAACUGCAAAACAGAUCGCCAUGGCAGAUCGACUAAUUCUCAACAAGACAGAUCUUAUCAGCAAAGAAGCCGUGGAUCAAUUGGAGGAAGAUUGUAGAGCCAUGAAUGGUGUAGCACAAAUUGUGCGGACGCAACACUCAAAGGUCGACCUGAGGUUUAUCCUUGAUAUUGCAGCAUUUGAUGCAGUUCGAGCCCGAGAGUUGGAGCAGGCUGAUCUUGUGCUUAAAAAGCAAGGAGCUGUCGACAAUGACCAUGAUCAACAUAAUGAUCCGAAUCAUGUACAUGGUGAGGCAUGUGGGCAUGAGCACACAAAAAGCAAGCAGCAGUCGCGACACUUGGAUCAGUCAAUCAAGACAACAACGUUAAACUUCAACACCACAACUGUGGAUCAAAAGCUUUUUGAGCAUUGGCUUCAGAUGCUGCUUUGGGAGCAUCAGAUUCCUGAUACUCCUGAAUUUACAACUCCAAUCUUGUCAUCGGCCUCAGAAGACACGGCCAUCAAUAAUACUGCGGUUAAACUAGAUAUCCUACGUGUCAAAGGGAUUUUGAAGCCUUCGGGUCGGCCAAUCGGAACUAGAGCCGUCAUUCAGGGGGUGCAAGAGCUAUAUGAUAUUAAAGAUGCUACGACUUCUGGGCCUAGUCAAGAGGAACUGGUGAAUGCAGGGAAAGUUGUCUUCAUCGGACGUGGACUUGAUGAUAAAGAAAGGCUACUCGCUUCUUGUUUGCAUUACAUGCAUUUAAACAAAGGCGAGGUGAGUAUUCAAUAGGCUCGAUUUCUUAAUUGACAAAAUGGUGGUAAUAAAAAUGAGCAUUGAUAAAGG